AUGCUCAGUAGACAAGGAUUUCGACGAACUGCAAACGUUGAAGAAGAAAUACUCGAUGCUGUUCAGUUAUCUCCUACUACUAGUACCAGAAGAUUGGCACGUCGUUUCGAUGUUUCGUCUACCAGCGUAUGGCUAACUUUACGCGGACAACAAUUGUAUCCAUUUUGCUUAUCCAGAAGGCAAGACUUGUUACCACAAGCACAGAAAUUUCUCCCAGUGGUUAAUUCGACAAUGCACAGGAGAUCCUAA